AUGCAGUUCUGGCUCACCUGGGAGAACGUCGCCCUGCACGCUGAGGUGUGCACCAUCGAGCUGCCGGACCGUUUCCAGGACAUCUUCCGUCCCGUCGUGGACUGCGCCAUGUGCCGCAACGUCACGCACGUCGACAAGGUCGCCCGACUUUCCCCACAACUCUUCGAACAAAGAUACGCAUACACAGGCAGGCCAGUGCUGGUGCUGGACGGCCAGCGGGACUGGACGGCGCCGCGAACUUUUUCCUUCGAUUUCUUCAAGAACAUUUACGCGCCAGACUCGCCCGUGCUGAGCCACAGCUACAGAGACUGCCAGUUCUUUCCUUACCAGACCAGCUUCAGCAGCCUCAGAGACGUCUUCAAUAUGAGCAGAGACAGGGUCAACAUGAGGGGUGAACCCUGGUAUAUUGGGUGGAGUAACUGCGACUCUGCCGCGGCGAACGAGCUGCGACAGCACUACACCCGCCCCUACUUCCUGCCCGAGGCGUCCGAGGCCUCCAAGAUGGACUGGAUCUUCAUGGGCACCAAGGGAUACGGAGCACACCUCCACAUCGACCACGUCGGCAAGCCGUCCUGGCAAGCGCAAAUUCGUGGCAGUAAAACCUGGACGCUGGAGCCUCCGCCUGAGUGUUACUUCCAGUGCCAGACACUCAGCGUUACUGUACAUCCUGGCAACAUCAUCGUGCUGGACACCAACGCGUGGUACCAUAAAACAUUGAUCGUGUCGGACGAACUCAGCAUCACCAUCGGCUCAGAGUAUGACUGAAGUGGCCCGAUGGCAGGAUUGGGUGUUCGGCUGAAGGAAUCGAGCGUUAAGCGCGUUAAGCGAGAGGAAUCAAGUGUACAACUAGAGGAAUCAAGUGUCCGGCUGGAGGAAUCAUGUGUACAAAUGGAGGAAUCAUGUGUACAACUGGAGGAAUCAAGUGUCCGGCUGGAGGAAUCAUGUGUACAAAUGGAGGAAUCAUGUGUACAACUGGAGGAAUCAAGUGUCCGGCUGGAGGAAUCAAGUGUUCGGCUGGAAGAAUUGAGUGUCAGGGUGGAAGAAGCAAGUGUUCCACUCAAGAAAUCUGUUGCUCAGCUUCAGGAAUCAAGUUUCCAGCUGCAGUGAUGUAGCACCGAAAUGGUGCUCUGAUGUUGCCAAAUGAAUUAAUGAAGUGCCGAAUUGAAGCACUGGCGUAUUUAAGUGAAACAAUAACGUAUCCACAAAAAGAAAGAACUAUUCAAUGGAGUCUCAGGUUUUGAUAAGGCUUUGAAUAUAUUCUCAUUAUUGGUUUCUGCAUUUAUAUGAAUAACUUUUUCCAAAAAUGUUAGCAUUGCAGCUGCAGGCAUUUGAAAGGUUCCAAAAAAUUUCCUUCAAACGUAUUUCUUGAUUCCUUGUUUGAACAUAAAAUUCUGAGUUUCUUCGAAUCAAUUUUUUCCCGAUAUUACUGUAAAAUCACGCAUAGAUAUCUUUACACGCCAAAAAACUUUUUAUAUCUUCAAAAGACUAUUACAAAAUUCAUCAAUGAAGGUCGAGAAUCAACUAAAAUAUUGUAAAAUAAAUUAAUUGUGACCGCUUAUUAAGGGCAUAAAUUAUGUUAGAUAACUUAAUAAUAAAUUUUGUUAGAAAUCUAUAUUAGUAGGAUUCAGAUAAUGAAAUUAUUCAUGAGCUGUCGUAGAACUUUCCAUGCUGAAAGAAACCAGCUUAGACAGAAGUCUACUGCCACAGAAGUUUGUGAAGACAAGAGUCUACCCCCUCAAAAGUCUGCCCCGACUGAAACCUACCUCUACGGAACCCUGCCCUGACGGAAUUCUAUUCCAACAGAAGUUUCCCCAGAGAGUAGUCUAACCGCCUCCAAAGAAAGAAGCCCAGACACAAUAUACCCCUUGAAACGUUCCCUGACAAAAUUCUACCCGCUCAGAGGUCUUCAAAGGCAGAAGUCUACUCGCUGAGAGGUCUACUUAAACUGUAUUCUACCCUCCAAAAAGUCUACCCUACUGAAGGAUACCCAGUUUGAAGGAAGUUUUAAAGCCUCGUCCUCUCCACGAUCAGUAUUAUUUCUUUGUAACAAAACAAAACCUAACUGGGAAGAUGGACGACUUUGAACUUUUUUAUUUAAAUAUGAAUUAUGUGCUUUCAAAAAAUAACCUAGAUAUACACAUAACAUCACGGCUGCCGUUUCUCCGUGUUCGCAGCUGAACAGAUCUCUUCGUUGUAGCUACGAAGAAACGCUUAUGAAGAGUUUUAUUAUGAAUAGAUAUAGCUAUACUCUACCUGAAAUUAUACAUCUUCGUGUCUCUGUGUAUGUGAUAUAAACUUUAAAUAGUCAAAUUUUUUAGAAUAAAUAAACAUAUUUUCAUAAUAUAUCUAAGGCAUGGAUUUUAUUUCAAUAGUUUUUAAUCAAUACCUAGAAAUUCUAAGCUCUUCCCUCGACUGAUCCGGUCAAUUAAUUACAGGAUUUCCUCCAUUGCCGUCUAGAACGGAACCAUUAAGAAUAUUCCGUUUUUAUCGAGAAUUUACGCACGCUCAGCUUCACUUUAUUUCUUGAAAGUUCUUUAAUGCCUAAUUUGUUUAAUGCCAGACCUGCAGCCUAUACCUGAAUCAAUUAGGAGAGAAUCUGUUUGAUGAUGAUGAGAUGAAGGCAACAUGCCAGUUAUAAUAUUGAAGCUUUGUCAAUAAUGAAAAUUAUAUUUUAGCAAUAGCAUCACGCUAGAGUUGUAAUGUUUCAUCCAUGCCAUAAUUUGAAUCUGAAAUGAUAGGUUAUUCAUGCAUCCUGUUGCUAGUCAAAUAUAAUGGUGAAAUGAAGUAGCCUAUCGUCAUUUGAUUAAAUUAAAUAUUCACUAGAAUAUAAUGUUUACAAUAUGUACAAUGAUAUGAUAAAAAUCGAUUGUGGCAUCUGAAUAUUCGCAUUAUUAUACCUAUGACAUGUUCUAAGAUGAUCGAGUAUUUAUUAGGUUUUUUUUUUAAUUUUCAACUCUGGCAUCGCGUACGCGAUUUUUAAACAUGACUUAUUUCCUCGCAGCAUUAAUGGCUUCUGGCGUCCUUUAACAAUCAGGUAGCCUCUAACCCGUGUAUAACAUUCAUCUUAAAUUAUUAAAAUCCCCCAACAAUGCUACGUAAACGAAUGGUGUACUUCGUAGACAUCUUUCGUGCAGCAUCAACAGUAUCAUGGCGAGAGGUAGUAAAUGAAAUAAGCUUUAUACACCGCAUC